UUUGAUUACUAGCUUUUUUCUCCCAAGAACAUUUAUUCAAUUCGGACAUAUAAAACUCUAUAAACCAUCUUUUAAAAUAAAUAACAAUAUUUUUGAAUAUCAUCACAGUGACUGUCACAUGAAGUCAAUAUGGUUUUGCUUCGAUAAGUUUACAAUAAUCAAUAUCAUGAAUAUAGAGGUAUGCUGUGAUCGGUCAUAGAACCGGAAGGUAAUUGAACGGGAUAACAUGGAAAAGAAAUGAAAUCAGACUAUUAUUUUAAGUGAUUUUGGAAGAAAGGGUAAUGGAUAUUCACACAUACAGUGAGCUGGAAGUAUCCUUCCACUAUACCGAUAAGCAUGUCAAUAAAAUUGAAGACCAACAUAUGCAAUCUAUAGAUAAGCUAUUGGAAUACCUAAAACUACCCGCUGAAGAUGAUCAUAAGUACCGUGACCUGCAUCUUGCGAGGGCGAUCGUUGUUUGGAUGUCCCUGAUGACUGGGAGAAAGAAAGCUGGUAUUUGCAAGGAAGUGAGGGAUCUUGCUGACGGAUAUGCCCCGGUGACCUUUAGUACAUUUUGCGAAAAAUAUGAAAUAGAAAAUCGAAUGAUUUUUGGCAAAGGCAAAGAUCUAAACUACGUACCGGGUGGAACAUAUUUUGACAUGAUCCCGCAGGCAAGCUGGAAUAGCUUCCGUUGCAACAAUGUGUGGCAUCUAGUAUACACAGAGCUGGCCAUUGCCACGGUUCAUGGGUUUCAUCGGGGAGGAGAAGUUCUUUUGGAGGAGGAUGGUGACAAAAAGUUUUACCAAUCUGUUGCCACCAGAGGACACACUAAGGCAGAAUUUAAUGAUUUUUGGUUUUGCACUAAUCCAUAUAUUUUGGCCAUACACGCACUGCCCGAAGACAAAAAACUUCAAUAUCUGUCAGCGGAUCAAGCAUUUGAUGAGGAGAAGUUUGAGCAAUGUGCCUAUCUUCAACCAGGAUUUUUCAUGGCUGACCUGACAUUGCUAACAGAGGAUCGAUGGGUGUUGCAGUCGAAAAGAGGUCGUUGCACAAUCACUGUCGGGUGUGAGGAGACCAUCCUUAAAGGACUACAAUUCAAAUACAAAUUGGCAUUCAUUUUAGAGUCAGGGGAAUUAACAGAGGAAAACAUAACAGCAAUGCCACGUAUGGUAGUAUAUGCCCCUGGAAUGGACGAAGUCACAUUUACUAUAAGCCUGCCAGUCAAAGGAGAAUACAAGUUCAGCACUUUUGUCACAUCUUCAGAAAUGGAAAGAUACGUGGAAUGUUUUGUCUUUAGAAUAUAUUGUGAUGAACCUGAUAUGCACUGUCGCAGUAUUCCUAAAGUUGUCGAAGAAAUCGGCGUCGGGUAUACUCACGUUGCAAAGGAAUUUGGUCUUAAAAAUCCAUCAAAAGCAACUCCUACAAUUAAUGUUCAAAACGGCACAAGUAAAAGAACACUGCAGAUCGCAGACGACAAGAUUGACGAGCUUGAAUUUUCGUCCGAGUUCGUUGGAACAGACGUCGAAAUUGGCUACUCUGAAGUGAAAGUAGAUCACCAAAAGGGAACAUUAGAAGUUAAAGCCGGGUUGAAAAGAGAGGGUGAGUGUGUACUGGUAAUAAAAGGCCGCGACAAGCUGAAAAGAGAACGCUUCAAACCGAUCUUGAACUAUAUAGUGAGCUCGUAUGACAAUGAUGAAGACGACCACGAGAAACUAGUUAGAAAGAACAAAAAAGAAGUAAGGAAGAAGUCAAAGAGCGCAUGUAAGCAGAAGGAAGUAACAACCUUGCUGGAUCGUUUGAGGCAGAUUGAAAAGGAAGUAGAAUAUUUGAAUGAUACAAACAUGUCGAAAUCAUACAAGAAAAAGGCCGAUGCUUAAACCAAUAAGGAACUGUUACCAGGACCUGAUUUCGGGAAAUAAAAUGCAUUACCCUUUUCUGAUAGGAUUAAUAAUAUUACUGUAUAUUUGGAUUUUAUGAUUUCAGGCUGGAAAAUAUGUUCUCGGCUUAGCCCUGUUCGUGAAACUGGACCUUUUAAAUCAAUAUCAUAAUAAAUCCCAAUUUUAAGUUGAUAGUGAGACCAUUGUUGUGAAUAUUUUCCAUUUUUGUAAUUUGAUAUUUUUGGAAAUGGAAAAUAUCCUCGAUACUUUUAAACACGCAAAUUAUCCAGAUCUGACACCAUGUCGAGACUGCAAUUAUCUUACAACGUAAAUUUAGCAAAAUAUUUCUAGACCUAUUAAUUAAAAUUUCAACUUAAAGGUACAAACAACACAUACACAAAUACAAACACCACAGACAGACCAUUAACUUUAAGAACUAACUUUAUAACACACCUGACAAGACUGGUUUUCGCGCAUUUGAAUAUGACUUUGUUUACCUUGCGCUAGGUACCUGUAAAUAUGUUUCUUGACUGUUUUUCAUUAGUAGUAACAAUACUGUUAACUUAAGGAUAUUAACAUGAACCUGCUCGUUAUGAAUGUCAGGCUAAAGUGCCUUUAAAAAAAACAAUCUCACAUUAAUUUACCAAAAUGGUUCAAACUAAAAAAAUAAAUAUCGUGUAAUUCAGCUUUAUAUCUCUUUCAUGGUGAUACUGUUUUGAAUGUCAUAUCUACCACAAGAGCAUUCAUUAUAAUCCAUAUAUAUUUAUUUGAAUGUAGUGAGUAUAUUUUACAUGACGGAAGUUACUCCGCAGUCCAGGGAUUAUAUCUUCCGUUUGUUCUUAUAUGUUGUUUAUGUCAUGCAACCGUACUUUUAAACAUAUCUUUAAUUGGUUUAUGAUGUUAUCUAGUGUGUAUAUAUUUUGCGAACCUUAUUAUAUAAAUAUUAUAAUAUAAUGUUUCAUGAAUUGUAGCUCGUUAUUGUUACCAAGUUUGAGUCAGAUUGAAAGCAGCAUAAUUUUUCAUAAAACACUUAAUAGUGAUUUCUUGAUGCAAAUAAUUCAUAUAAUAUAAAAUGAUAAACUAUAUCGAAUCAUCCUUUUAUACAUAUCUAAAUGUGUUAAGUUUCUUAUGUCUAUGGACAUUUUUAUUGUGUGUUACAAUUAUAUGAUCCAUGAAUAUGUUACAUCAGCCAGAAAAUACAAUUUCAACGUUUGAAAUGGC